GAGCAGAGGGCCGUCGACAGAUCCUGGUGGCGAGCAGGAGGCAAGGCGGUGGCGGCGAGGUCUCGCCGGAGGGUCGUGCAGGGGCUUGGUCGGUGGAUGCUCUGGCAGGGAACCUCUCUAUUCCCCUUUUUCUAGAUUUCCAUUUUUUUCUUUGCUUCAAAUAUUUUGACUUUUUUAAUUGGGCUGACAGGAAGAACCCAGUCCACAUCUGCAAAUUGGUUCUGAUAAGUAGGACCCAGCUGUCAGUUUCUGUGUCAAUUCAGAAUCAAUGUACAAUUAGUGCUUUUUUUGCAAAAAUCUAGUCAAAAUGCGGUAGUUUUUCUCCCGAAACACAAACUGGUACCAAAAUCGACAUUUAGCAGGAAAUGUGAUGGUUCUGUGCUAACAACUCGACAUAGUAGUAGUUAGAUGCGUUACAUCACUUUGCUAGAAAUGGAGGAGGCCACAUCACUCUGGAGAAGGAAAUAAAAGAACGUAAUUCAUUGCAUUUUGGAUUUAAAGUACCUCUUUCCCUUUUAUAGAAGUGCAGAGCCGCUUCACACCUCUCAUGCUGGCUCAUGCGCAAUAUUAUAAAUAGUUUAUAUCCCGUAAGGCUUAAUUUCCCCGGAAAGCUAUUCAGCCUAGCUAACCUAUAUUUAAGUACUGUAGCUCACAUGUCUUUGUCUCUCAAUAUUUUUAGUGCACCGGUCAGACCACCAAUACUGUAAGUACUCUUUUACCAAAAUUGUAUACUGUUGUUAAUAUAUGCAUAUUGAUUUAUUCAAUGUUUUUGACCUUGGGAAACUCCUGUUUUGUCAUGCUAGACAUGUGUGAUGGCGCUUGAGGCAGAUCGAGGCAACGCCGCUGUCGGUGGCAGCGGCACCGGCACGAGAUGCUGCAGCACACAGUGCAAGCAGGAGCGCAUCAGCAACAACAACCAGCAGCACGACAACCUGUAGUUGCAGGUGGCCCAAAUUCAGAAGUCGAGUCCAAGUGUUGGGCCAAGAUGUGGAAGGUGCAGGUUCCCUCUAAACUGAAAGUUCUCUUAUGCCGUUUGGCAGAACAAUCUCUACCGACAGCUGAUCUUCUCCAUCAUCGUAAUAUGGCUACAACACCAACGUCCAUUUUGUGUGGAGCCUUUGAUUCUUGGAAGCACUCUUUGCUGGAGUGUGCUAUGAUUUCACCAAGGUACUGCUCACAAUUUGGGCAAUUUAGAUGGCCCGACGCAAAGCGUAUAGUUAUGAAACCUACUCAACCCGUGGCAAGAGGGUCGAGGAGCUGGCUGGAUCCACCUUCUGGCUUCUACAAGAUCACCGUCGAUGGAGCUAUGCCGUGUACAAGCAAUCAAGGCAUGGUUGGCGCUAUCUGUCAAAACCAACAAGGCAUAUUCAUGGGUGCAGCAACCGUUUUUCCUGGCAUUUCAGACCCAAAUGUUCUUAAAACUUUGGCUUGUAGUGAGGCUCUAGCUCUGGCCUAGGACUUGGACGUGUGUCAGGUCAGCCUUACCUCAGACUGUCAAGGAGCUAUUAGAGAUCUAGUAGAUGCUUCUGUAGGUUAAUGCAUCUGUUAUUCGAGAGAUCUAUGAUUAUUCACCCUUUGCAGCUGUUC